AUGUCUACAUCAACAGCCGCUGCAGUCGCCGCUGCUUCCACACCUGCCCAGCCAACGGGGGCUCAUCUGGGCCACAGCUCCUUGAACAUCGACUCUCUCCGCGACCUGGCACGCAAGGAGCUGGUCAACGUGCUUGACUCGGAUCAUGGCGUUGAGAAAAUAUACCACCUUCAGGCGGGACCAUUGGAGACGGACUGCAAGAACCUCAUCUAUAUCUGUCGACCCCAAGUCAACUAUAUGAAGUACAUCGCAGAACAUAUUCAUACUCACACCAGGGAAUCUCAAGCAGGACCUUACACAUACUCCCUCUUCUUUGUGCCAAGGCGAACUGCACUUUGCGAAAAAGUCCUGGAGGAUGAGGGAGUUUUUGGCGAAAUCACCAAGGGCGAAUAUCACCUGGAUUUGAUCCCUCUGGAGGACGAUCUUUUAAGCCUGGAGUGGGACUCGACCUUCAAAGAACUAUAUCUCGAUCAGGACACCACUUCGAUUUACUAUGCUGCCAAAGCUCUCAUGCGGCUGCAAGGAAUUUAUGGCUGGUUCCCACGUAUCCUCGGAAAGGGUGAUUACUCAAAGGCGCUCUGCGACAUGAUGCUCCGGAUGAGGCGCGAGAUGGCCGUGGACGACCUGGACGCCUCACAGACGACGCAGAUGUCCCAGAAUAUCGACUCCUUGAUUAUUAUUGACCGUAGCGUGGAUAUGGUCACACCGCUUUGCACACAAUUGACAUAUGAGGGACUGAUCGACGAGAUUUUCCACAUCAAGAACUCCUUUGUCGGGGUUGAUGCAAGUCUGGUAAGUUCAGCGCCUGCUCCAACAGGAGCUGGAUCAGCAGGUGGACCUAUGGGUUCAGGUUCAGGUUCAGGGACGACAGUCCCAGGAAAGAAGAAGGUCCCGCUCAAUGGGGGUGACAAGCUGUUUAGCGAAAUCCGUGACCUCAACUUUGCGGUCGUCGGAGGUCUACUAAACAAAGUGGCGAAGCGUAUCAACGCAGACUAUGAGGAGCGACACAACGCCAAGACUGUGCCGCAAAUUCGGCAGUUUAUUGUGAAGAUGGGCGGACUGGCUGCAGAGCACCAAUCUCUUCGUCUUCAUACAUCGCUCGCAGAACAGAUCAUGGACUACACAAUGACGGACGACUUUAACAAAAUUCUGGAGGUUCAACAGACUGGUAUUGCGACCAACAAGGAGCCGGAGUAUAUCGAGGAAAUGAUCAAUAAGCAAGCACCGCUUGUCCAGGUCCUUCGUUUGCUCUGCCUCUACUCGCUCGUCAAUAACGGACUGAAGCCUAAGCAGUUUGAAUUCUUUAAGAAGGAGAUUCUGGAGGCCUAUGGAUUCGAGCACAUUCAGACGCUAGAAAAUUUGCGUCGUCUGGGUAUGCUGACGAAGCAAGUAGUGACAAAGAACCCCUACAGCCUUGUGCGCCGCAGUUUAUCCUUGAUUGUGGAUGAAGUGAAUGAGCACGCGCCAAACGAUAUCUCGUACGUUUAUUCUGGAUAUGCACCUCUCAGUGUGAGACUGGUUCAAUGUGUGGUGCAGCGGGGCAGGGAUGGAAAGCAGGCUGGGGGGGCUGGCGGAAAGGGCCUCGGUCUUGGGGGUGGAAAUGGAUGGAAGGGCUUUGAGGAUGUGCUGCGCAUGCUCCCUGGGCGGACGUUUGAUGAAAAGCAACGCGUGGAUGACGGCCAACCGCUGUCUUCGAAGAGAUCAAAUGGCCAGCCAAGAAUCUCGCUCGUAUUCUUCCUCGGAGGAUGCACAUUUACGGAGGUAUCGGCCACCCGAUUCUUGGCCUCCCAAGAGGGAGGUCAACGCGACUUUGUGAUUUGCACCACACAGAUUUUGAACGGCAAUACGCUGGUGGACUCGCUUGUGCAAAAAGUUCCAGACCUCCAUGCUUCUGCAUGA